AGGGAGGCCGCCGAGAGCCGACGUCCUGGCUGGGAGCCGCUUGCCGGCCUUGCGCAGGCGUUCUAGGAGGAAAGGUCCGCCUUAGCCAAUGAGCAUGGUUCGUGCGGCCUGCAGGCUCAGAGUGACGGGGGCCUCCAACCACGGACCCCGGCCUGGGCGCACCCGAGACAGUGGGCGAGCCCUGUCAGGAGCUCCUUGCUUAGCGAGAGUUGCUCAGGGACUGCACACUUGCCACACAGGCCUGGCCUGUGAGUACUGCUGAGGCGUAGGCGAGGCUGUCAGGCAAUUAAUGGAUGCUUGGAAGUUGGUCUGCUUAUUCGGAAAUGUUUUGCCACCUGAGGCCUUUGAGGAGGUUGGCUGCACCUUCUGCAUGGUGAUGUAUGGUGGAUGUAUAUAUGUCACAGAGAGUAAUCCCUGUGUUUCUGAUAGGUUCUGCCUGAGGAAGGUCCUCCCUCAUUGGCUUCACUACUCUCGAGCUCUAUCAGGGGCAGAAGCCAUCAAUGCCUUGAGGCCUUUCUACUUUGCAGUUCAUCCUGAUUUCUUUGGACAGCACCCCAGGGAAAGGGAAGUCAAUGAAAAUUCUCUUAAGAGAUUAAGUGUAUAUUUAGAAAAUCUCCAGAAACCAGGCUUCAAAUCUCUAAAACCAACUCAGCUUACAUUUUAUAUAAGAGAAAAAACAGCCCAGAAUUCCUCUGAAGGCCAGGAGCCUGUCAAUACUACCGGAUUCCGAGCAGUCAGAUUUACUUUGCACAGCAGCGAUCUGCUAAGCACAGUAUUGUAUAUUCUCAACUCCUGCAGUUUGCCUGUUGAACACGUCCAAAGCUUGAACACUAAUGUGCAUUCCCAGCCUCUCAAGGAAGCCACAGGGAUGCCCGACAGACCCAUCAAAUGGCAUAGGUCCUAUUAUUCCUUUACUGGGUUCAAGGACCCUGACGAAGACCUCGGGCAUGUCUCAAGAGUGGAAACAACCCUAACGUCCUGGUUAGGUAGCAAUGGGAAAGGUGCUGUUAAAAAGCUGAAGAGCAGUCUGCCACUUAGGAAGGAGCUGGAUCGACUGAAGAGCGAGCUAUCUGAGCUUCUGCAACUUUCAGAUAUCAGGUGGCAGAGGGGCUGGGGAGUGGCCCAUCGCUGCAGCCAGCUACACAGUCUUAGCCGCCUAGCACAGCAGAACCUGGAGCCACUUCAGAAUGCAAAAGGAUGCACCGUUGUGUUCACAGACCGCUCCGGUAUGAGUGCACUGGGCCACGUGAUGCUGGGAACCAUGGAUGUCCACCACCACUGGACGAGGCUUUUUGAAAGCUUGCCAAGUUAUUUUGACCUUCAGAGGAGAAUGUCAGCCCUAGAAGACCAAAUAAGCAGUCUUCUAGGGGGAAUCCAAGUGGUUUACAUCGAAGAGUUCCAGCCGGCACUCACGCUGGAAGAGUACUACUCUCUCCUUAACACCUUCCAUAACCAGCUGCUGAGGAGCGGCCUGCCUCCCCAUCCCCAGAACCUGAGCGGCUUGCAAAUGAUCCUUAGCAGUGACAGGUAUGCACCAAGUUUGCAUGAACUUGGGCAUUUUAAUAUCCCAGCUCUCUCGGAUCCAGCGAGCCUGCAGUCAUUCAUGAGAACCAAAGCCCAGCAGGCAAGAGAAAAUAUGACAAGAAGGGAGAAGUUAAAAGUUAUGGAAAAUGAAUUGAUACAGGCUUCAACAAAGAAAUUUUCUCUGGAGAAGUUGUAUAAAGAACCCAGCAUUUCUAGCAGACAGAUGGUAGAUUGCUGUAAGAGACUCCUAGAACAUUCGCUGCCCUAUCUGUAUGGGAUGCACCUCUGCGUCUCACAUUUCUAUUCUGUUAUGCAAGAUGGAGACCUGUGCAUCCCAUGGAACUGGAAGAAAGGAGAAGCCAUGAAGUAACACAGAUAUCUGUUUUAUUUUCUGAAGAAUUGAAAAACUGUUGAAUUUGUUUAAAUUCAGUUUGAUAUAACAUUAGUAUUUAUAUGUUAGAACAAAGUGUCUAACUGCUGCUAUAAAAGUGGGGUGGGUUUUAUUUUUAGUGAUUUUAUGCUAAGAAACUUGUUUUUAAAAGGUUUUAUCCCCCUAGAUUUAUGAUGCUGAUGACUAGGCAAAAGAUACUAAAAGGAAAAAAAAACUAUUUUAAAGAUAUGCAAUAGAAGGUUCUGUAAGAGUCAUAUAUUUUUAUAUAGUGAAUGUGAGUGUAUAUUAAUUGGUCUCAUUCAGUAUAGCUCUUUAGGACUGGAACUCAGUUUUUACAUGUAACACAGUUUAAUGUGCACCUUCAAAGUUACGUCUCAUAGACGUAACUAUGUAGACAGUAAUAAACAGUUAUUCAAAACAGAUGACUGAUGAAUAGCAAAAAUUAAAUAACCAAAUUAAAAAUUAAAUAACCAAAUUUUGCUUAAGAGAAAAAAUUUUAAACCAUAUUGAAUAUAUACUAUUAACCUUAUUUGGCUGGGCAGUGGUGGUGCACGCCUUUAAUCCCAGCACUUGGGAGGCAGAGGCAGGUGGAUUUCUGAGUUCGAGGCCAGCCUGGUCUACAAAGUGAGUUCCAGGACAGCCAGAGCUACACAGAGAAACCCUGUCUCAAAAAACAACAACAAAAAAAACAAAAACAAAAACAAAUUGUCUGAUACUAGUUUACUAAAACAUCAGUGACAGAGAACUUAAAUACAUGAUUUCUUCUACCAAUUAAAAUAUCUGUAGAGCAUAUUCUGGGUAGGCACAGGCAUCCCGAGAUGAGUAAGAUGUACUAUUAUAACUUAGCCUGAAGCUCCUUAGGAAGCUUUCUUUAUUGCUUCAGCUGUGGCUCAUUCGCAGCUGAAGCAGGGCCACCUGUGCUCAGUGUCUUCUGCAGUGAGAAGCCUGCUCCCUGUCCAGAGCAGACCCACAGUGCAUUAGAAAAAAGCAGAUGCUAAAAUCAGCUUUUCAUGUUUUGGGUUUUUAUGAAUCAUCAGUAAUUUAAACAGUUCAAAUUUAUGUUCAAAUAAGAAGUAGUUUAUAAAAGGAUUGUGUGUGCCAUUGUGGCUUUUGACCCAUGCUAAUGUGACAAAUGUUGCUGUAAAUACUCUCUAUAAGAAACAGUCCUUAAGUAGAUUUGGUGGCACACAUCUUUAAUCCCAGCUCUUGGGAAGCAGAAGCAGAUGGAUCUCUGUGAGUUUAAGGCCAGCCUGGUCUGUAAAGUGAGUUCCAGGACAGCCAGGGAUGUUAAACACAGAGAAACCCUGUCUGUGGAGGGUGGAGAGGGGGGAGACAAACAUGGAAUUUAUUAGAAAAUUGCUUAGAUUGUGCCAUGUCUAAUAUCAACUAACAUGGAAUCUUGUAUAAUGUGUGUUGCACUGGAUUUGUCUCAGAACUAAUUGUUUCAUAAUAAACUAUGCCUUGGCCACCA